AGCUGGAUGGGUAGAUGCAAAUAUGUUUGUGAAAGCUGUUUCAUAUAAUAUGUAUCUGCGAUAUUGGCGACAUGUAACUAACUUCCAUCAAUUCGUGACCAAAGUCGAUUGGGUAGUUGAAUUACACGGGGUUGAUGGUGACCGUGUUAAACACCUUAUUCAACGACCUGCUCAGCAUGUACCUAUUCCACCACCACAACAAUUAUCAUACCCUGAAGCUUAUAAUCUAGUUCAAGAACAUGCCGAUUUUAAUCGUGCGUUUCGCGAGUUUGUAUUAUAUGAAACGGAAGACAGGAUGAUACGUUUAAAGGCAAAAGAUGAAGUAAUACGAGGCCUUGCAGCUCGUAACAAUUACCUGGAGGAUCAGAUGCAAUUCCGUAUGCAACAAACGCCGCGUCCCCCUAUUGGAUUCGGCAGUUUUUCUGAAACUAUCCCACCAGCGGUGUGGGCUCCAGUGAGUCAAGCAUCAACAAUGUCGUCUGUUAACCCCCAUCCGAGAAUGACGUUUAUCCCACCACGGCAAACACCAUCGCAUACUCCUACUGAUGAAUAAGUAACUUUUUAGCCUCCACUUUGGAUAUGUACUUUUUAGCCUCCACUUUGGAUAUGUACUUUUUAGCCUCCACUUUGGAUACUCCUACAAAGUGCGUAUGUUAUCUCUAUAUAGGGUUACUUUUUAGCCUCCAUUUUCAGACUCCAUUUUCAUUCUGACAUGUUGAUUU